GUGCCCGCGGACCUGGGGGGAGGGAACAGGAAGGGCUAUCUAAGCACGCUGGCCACCCCUACCCCCGAGAUUAGAGACAUUGCCACUCAUUUGCAUAAUGGAAAUGAGGUCUUUGUACCGGCCAAUUUUAAGGCAAUGUCCCAUGUAAACAGCUCCCAAAGGAUGGGGGCGGCCACACUGCUCCCUCUGGGAACAUUUAUGUUCCCCAAACCCAGAGAUUCACAGAGUCUAGGCAAAGAAUUGGGUCGAGAUAUUUUAAUUUGCCCCAUCCCAGCCAGAGCUGGGAGUGGGGUAGAGGAAGGUGCCCACAACCCAAAGAGCUGGGCAUUCGGGGAGCUUUCCUUUGCAAGGAAAUGGGAAGCCUGGACAAUGUCUCAGUCCCUGCUCCCCUCCACACCAUACAGGCGAAUACACCUCCCUCAGGUUACCCGUACAGAAUUUCACUCGCAAGCUGAAAACAGCUUAGGCAUUUCCCUGGGAGCUGGAAUGUGUGUGCCUCCAUAGGACUGCAGAUUUGAGCACAGAAAAUUACAAUUAUAAAUCCUGCCAGUGGGGUUUCUUUGCAAUCCUUCCGUUGUGUACUCAAGACUUGGUACACAUUUACAUCCACCUCUCCAUGCACACGCUACUUUGAGGCAGGAAGAGACACCCCAGACCAGCAGACGGCUGUGCCCGCUGUGUAUUUACAUAUUCCUUCUUGGAGACAGACUGAUGGCGGUGGACCGAACCACAGACGCAUUGGUAGAGCUCUGGCUCCAGAAACCAGGCGGUCUCUGGCCGGGCCCUGCCUGCCUGCUCUUUCUCCCAAACAAACGGAUCAGACGAAUAAACGCUCAUAAAUACCUCUGGGCUUAGAUAAGAGCGAUGAGGCGCUAUUUCCUUUCAUGCUGGACUCCAGGCACCCAGCGCCUGCCCUUAUGGCUCCAUCUCACUACAGGCAACCUGCAGAGGUGAGGUUAAUUUGGGUCUGUGACUCUAGGGAUAAGAGACUAUUUUCUUGUUUCUAUCACAGGGGAAGGCUCCCUCCCUCAGAGCAUCUCACUUUGUCCAGACUCCACAGGAAAGCCCACACUGUCCAGUACUAGGAUAGGCCAGGGAGGAAGGAAGGAGGGAUGGCUGAGGCUCAAGGCCCAGCCUCAGUGGUGUGGAGGAGGGAGGUGCACACAGGCGCUCUCCCUACCUCCUGCCCUUAACCAAAUGUUCCCUGUUCUUCUCUAGGAAUGGGCCUGAUCACAACUAGAUUGGAGCAUUUAUGACUCUCCAUCAUUAGGAGGCUUGAGUUUGUUUUCUUAAAUCUUGACAAAGCCUCAUACAUAGUCUCAGGCUAGGAAGUGGCUGAUAGGACAUCCAGGGAUCACCACUUGGUCAUGAAGGUGCAACCUAGAGGUUGUCUUGAGUUCAGGGAGCUUCUCUGGGCACUUUGCAACCAAUCAAGUUCCUACCCUUGGUCAUCAUCCCCCGAGCUCUACCACUUUCCCUAGUGUCUGUGCCAUCUUCAGUGCACAGAGCAGGCCCAUAAAAAGGAACCCAAGAACAAGGCAGAGUGUCAACCUGGAUCCUUCAUCGUGAGAUUGUGUCCCACACCCUGGCCCCAGGUUUGAAGUUUGUCAUCCUUUAUUGCCUGACCUCCGCAUGUGUAUUAGAAUGUUGCAAACACAUUGUGUCUCAAUCUUCUGGCCUGGCCCCAGUGCUCAUUUUCCUGUUUUCCUUAGAUGAAAGAGAGAGAGCCAGAGACAUACAGUCUUUCACACCAAAGCUUGUAUGACAGCAGAGCUGCCGAUACAAACAUGAGACCUGGGAGGGACUGUAGAGAUGCUGAGAGACAGACACAAGGGUGGUGAGCAUCUGGAGAUGGGAUGCGGGCUGGUUGUUUUAUGCUGCCUGCUGAACCCCCAAGAGGACCCAAAUGCCUCUCCCUCCUUGUAAAAUUAACCAAAACCAAAUCUUGGGAAAUAAUUAAUUUUCAAAAGAACCAGCAGCUUCUGGAAAGAACUGGAAAAGAUGUGAGGGCCCCUCUCUUGGUGGUCUCUAAUUGCACCAAAUAUCAGGAUGGUUUGAGGACCUGGAAUUGGAGGAGGAAUAUUUUUCCCUGUAUGGACUUACUGAGACAUCUUUGAUUCCUAAGAAUUUGUAGCAUAGGAUAUCCUAAUGUCUUCCAGGGUAUGAGUGAGAGUUGCAGGUAGGAUAGGGAUCAGAUAAACCUCGGCUGUAGGGGGCUGGGCGGGGAUGGCCCUCACUCCUCUCCCUAUGCCCAAGUGAAGAGAGGACUAAUCUUUCCCCAGUGCCCCUUCCCAUGCCAAGAGUGAGCAAGGCAUACUAGAACCAGGCAGGAGGUCCUGGGCAAUGACAGCAGUAGCCUCCUAUGAAGCUCCUAGCCUAGCCACAGAGCCAGAGGGAGAAGCUUGGACUAGGACCCUCCUCCCAUUUUCCUGGCCUUCUGGGUCUUCUGGGCAGCAGGCUCUGGCCUGCCCCUCAGACCUUAAGAGUUGUGGAAAAGCAGGAAUAAUAAACAGGCUUGUAAGAGACAGAGUAGAUCUGAGAGACAGGAAAACGGUUUUCAAAACCUGGAAAGGAGAGUGUUUCUUCUUCUUUGCUUCUCUUUCUGAAGAUGAUGCUAAUUAGCAGAGGACUCUUCAGCCCUUCUACCAACACAGAUCCCUGGAAACAAAUCUCCUUUAGUUGUCUCCUAAGGAGACUGAGAUUCAGGAUUUGGGACAUUUACCCACCCUUCCCGGGAGGGAAUGGGACUCGAGCAACGCAGGGGUUAACUUUUCUGAAAAUACAAUUAACUUUUUCCUAUCCUGCGAGGAGGGGGGGAGGGAUAUAUUUAUUUAAUCACUGGGGGAUGGGGUGGUCUCAACCCAAACGCUUCCUCCUCCCCCAAAGGCACAGACGCCUCUUUCGCAGAUACUACGUAGGUGGAACAGGACCGCGUUGUGUUGUUGGGGAGAGAGAGAAAGGAGAAGGAGAAGAAGGAGGAAAAAAAAAGGUUGAUAGGUUUGUGCGCGGGUCCCUCGCGCGGGCUGCGCUCCUCCUGGGUGCUAUUUGACAAUUCCUGCCUCUGCCAUUGGUCAGUGUUGGAUCAGAUGGUUGUAUUUCCUUCUGGCCCUCACUGGCACCUCGCCAUCCCCCCUCAGCUAAAACCCAAUCUCAGAUAUACUACUAAUAGGCGCGGCGCUCGGACUAUAAAACACAACAAAUCAUAAACCCGGCGGAGCAGCAGCGGCCCUGCGCGCCUCCCCUCCCAAUGAGUUCCUAUUUCGUGAACUCCACCUUCCCCGUCACUCUGGCCAGCGGGCAGGAGUCCUUCCUGGGCCAGCUACCGCUCUACUCGUCCGGCUAUGCGGACCCGCUGAGGCACUACCCCGCGCCGUACGGGCCGGGACCCGGCCAGGACAAGAGCUUUGCCGCGUCGUCCUAUUACCCGCCGGCCGGCGGUGGCUACGGCCGAGCGGCGCCCUGCGACUACGGGCCGGCGCCGGCCUUCUACCGCGAGAAGGAGUCGGCCUGCGCGCUCUCGGGCGCCGACGAGCCGCCCCGGUUCCACCCCGAGCCGCGGAAGUCCGACUGUGCGCAGGACAAGAGCGUGUUCGGCGAGACCGAGGAGCAGAAGUGCUCCACCCCGGUCUACCCGUGGAUGCAGCGGAUGAACUCGUGCAACAGUUCCUCCUUUGGGCCCAGCGGCCGGCGCGGCCGCCAGACCUACACUCGCUACCAGACCCUGGAGCUGGAGAAGGAGUUUCACUACAAUCGCUACCUGACGCGGCGGCGGCGCAUCGAGAUCGCGCACGCCCUGUGCCUGACCGAGCGGCAGAUCAAGAUCUGGUUCCAGAACCGGCGCAUGAAGUGGAAAAAGGAGAGCAAACUGCUCAGCGCGUCUCAGCUCAGUGCCGAGGAGGAGGAAGAAAAACCAGCCGAGUGAAGGCGCUGGAAAGGGAGGCGGGACGCGAAGGGAGAGGCCUGUGGGGGAGCCGAGGGCAUCGGGGAGCCCCAAGAUGGUUCUGCGGGCGGGGGCCCGGGGGAUCUGCACUCCAGCGCAAGACAGGCGGGGCCUAGCGAUCUCCUGGACGCCCCCGCCCGCAGAGCUCGAUGGGUGCUGGGAUGCCGAGAUGCCUGAGCCCAUUCAGCACCCCGAGCGCCCCUUCAUCUCCGCGGAACCCGCCUCUGCUCCAUCAGGCUCCCCUGUGAGAACGGAGGAGCAGACUCGAUGUUUCCUGGAAGCAGAGCAAAAUGCUCUUGUCCGUGUCGCGUCUCAUUUCGUCCAUAUCCCCGUGCACGGUUCAAUGGUAGAUUUGCAGUCCCCUCAGCCGGGGCCUCGAAGACUCCCUGGCCCCAGACCUCUCUCCCACCCCACCCCUAAAGCCACUGGAAGGAGCACAUACUACCUAGAAGUAAGAAGAGGAGCCUCAGAAGAAAACAAAGUUCUAUUUUAUUAAUUUUCUAUGUGUUGUGUUUGUAGUCUUGUCUUAGCUCUGGACGUGAAAUACUUCGGUAAUAUUAAUAUUAUUAAUAAUGAUUAUGAUAAUAAUAAAGACGUAAAAACUC